AAUGGAUGAUAGUUCUUGUUUGGCAACCAGAGACCAUUUACAACUCUCAGCUAAAGUUGAUGGAUCGGUGCCAUUUUCUUUUGGACAAGGUUUGGUGAAUGUUGGAUCCCUGCGCCGAUCGCGGGGUAUGACGAAUGAGAUUUGAGAUUUUUGUAACAUUCUAACAGCACGUAAUAGUUGGUUCAGGAAUAAGUUCAGCUCGAAAGUCUGGAGAAGCGCUUUACAACUCAUCUUCAGAUACUUCAUCAACCAAAGAACUGCCAUCAAAACACUACAAAAUGCGCGCAUACUGGUACGACAACGAAUCCGUAAGAAAAUCCCGAAUCAACCCCUCCUUGAGCUCCAACUAACCCACCAACAGGGCGACCAACGCGAACCCCACGACUCCGGUCGCGCCGUCGAUGCCUCCUACCUUUCCAAACUCGGUGUUCUCUACUAUAACUUCGCAGAUGAGGCGGAUGUCGACAAGCUAGCCAAUCAACGAAGCUACAAGAACCGUGAUGUCAUUACCGUCUCUCCCGAGAAGAUGGGCGAUAUCUACGAGGAGAAGGUCAAGAGUUUCUUCCACGAGCACUUGCAUGAGGAUGAGGAGAUCCGAUACAUCAGAGAUGGAGCGGGAUUCUUCGAUGUAAGAAGCGAGGGUGAUGAAUGGGUUCGCAUAUUUUUGGUGAAGGAUGAUUUGAUUGUAAGACUUGCGCAAUAUGGGAUCUGGAUGGGUAGCUGACUAUGGGAUAGAUUCUUCCCGCCGGUAUCUACCACCGCUUCACAACUGAUAGCAACAAUGUAAGUUGUGGGGACUCGCAGAUAGUGUCUGGAAACUAAUGCUGUGCAGUAUAUUCAAGCUAUGAGGUUGUUCAAGGAGGAGCCCAAGUGGACACCACUCAACCGCGGCCCUGAAAUUGAUGUCAAUCCAUAUCGGAAGGAGUACUUGCAGACUCGAACUGCAGUCACGAGCCAAUAGAUUUUCAUGGUAAUUCUGGG